UAAUGAAGUGAGUUUAUCACGAGCAGACAGCAUCUCCACUAUACUACGUACAAACUGAUGGAAAGUCGAUAGACGAGGAGUAAUAUCUUAUAUCUGGUGCGAUACUGUACAUUUAGACCAUUUAUUCUUGGCACAUUCGUUUUUUUAACUAUAAACUCAACUCAACAUGUAAGCGCUGCUGGUACCCAGACAUACCCGACGGUUCAUCUUGUGGUGUUUUAACUGUUACCAACAUGAUUCCUCCAGCGAACAUGAUUCAGGACGACAUGAUGGGCAAGGAAAACGAAAAUGAGCUGCGUGAGCCUCAGUCCCCAUCAUCCGUCAGCCAGCAGGAGUCCAAGUUGCAGAGGUUAAAGCGUUCAUUGUCCUUCAAGACCAAAAGUCUUCGCAGCAAAAGUGCUGAUAAUUUUUUCCAGCGGCCCAUUGAGAAUGCAAAGUUUCAAAGCGACCUACUCUCUGAUGUCAGCAGCAGCACGGGACACCUGAGUACCCUCAUCGUGUCCGUCUCAGCCCCUCCAGCGAUGUCCCUUCCUCCAUCCCCCCCUCCGCUGCCCCCUGUGAUCCCUGGCAACCUGCCCAUCACAAUAUGUUCUCCAUCCCGUGCCCCCCGCCAGACAGACCCUAAUGCACACACCUUUCUAGAGCACAUCUUCAAGAAGCCCCACUUUUGUGAUGUCUGCAACCACAUGAUUGUAGCUUGUCAAGGUGGAGCAGGCAAGGUGUUUGGCACCAAUGCUAAGCUGGGCCUCCGGUGCAAAGCCUGCAAGAUGGGUAUCCACCACAAGUGCCUGGAUGGAGUUGGACAGCAAAGAUGCAUGGGGAAACUGCCCAAAGGUUUUCGGAGAUAUUCAAGCUCCCCUAUGCUAAUUCAGGAACAAUUUGGAUGCAUCAGGGAGGUUAUGCCCAUUGCCUGUGGCAGUAAAGUUGACCCAGUAUACGAGACACUGAGAUUUGGAACCUCUCUGGCACAAAAGACUAAGCGGACCAGUGGAUCGGAGUCGCCACAGAGAAACUCGACUAGUGAUGUAGCUCAGGUACCAGAAGAGAAGGCCACACAAAGCAGCAGAGUUCAACUCGUCAGGAAGCCCAGUGACAAUGUUUUUAUGCCUUUGGAGAAUGGAACAGAACAUUUUCAUGUUGCUGAGAGGAAAUCAGAAGGUUCGCCAUCAAACAGAGAGUUGAAGAGGGCCUCUCUGCAACUCAAUACUUAUGUAGCUUUGUUCAGAUUUACCCCACAAGACUGCCAAGAUCUGGAAAUGAGACCUGGGGAUCGAAUAAUCCUGGAAGAUGAUUCCAAUGAUGAUUGGUGGAAGGUAAAAUCAUUACAGAUUUAUGGACUGUUCGAUAAAAGACCCCAAACUGACACCAAAGGUAUAAUCGAGGAUAGGAUAGGUUAUUUCCCAGCAUCCUUUGCGCAUCAGGUUAAUGUGGGGGACAGGGUAUUUAGAUGUAAUCGAACCUUUAUCGGGUGUAAGGAACAAGGGCAGAUCACCUUGAAAGUGGGGCAAAUUUGUGUCAGCAGUGAGGAUGAACACAAUGGCUUCAUCAGAGUAGACAGUGGGAAAAAGAGAGGAUUCGUGCCCUGUGACGUCCUGGAGAAUAUAUGAAGUGAAAGAUUAGAGAGAAGAGAAGUGAGUCGUGGAAGAAGGCUGAUGGCUCGAGCACUGCCUCUGUGACUAUUUCAAUGAAAUGCAAGGCCACCUGAAAGUACAGGAAUGAUCUGUGUAUGGUGAGCAAACACUGAAGGGGUCUCAGGAGGGAUCAGAACACCUCUGUAUUCAUCACAGACAAAUGAAGGACAGAUGUGUUUCUCAUUAAUUGCUGAAUGUAUGUCAUUUGGUAAUUUUUCCUUGUUCGAGAGAAUUAUGUGUUUUCUGUAUUUAAUUUAUUGAAUGUUAGGUCAUUAACUGCAGCAGUUUUCACUACCUGUAAAAAUGUUCACUACAGCAUCUUAAGUCACUUUGACCUGAUUUGAGGUAUCUUUAUUGUUAAUGGUGAAGUGUGUAAUCUCUCCACCAAUAAUGUCACCAAACAGAAUAUUUAAUUAUAAUUUAAAAUUAUUUCCGGAACACUUCCUCGGUCUACUGUUGAUCGAACUAACAGAAAGACCAAACGUAUGCCAUUUGAUUGAGCCAAUGUAGCUGUGUUGGGCUGGUCGGGAUGCUCAUAAAAAAAAGCAAUGUUAUGAUAGCGCCACACCUUAAAAAUGCCUUAUUUCUAAUUGUCUCUCCAUUUAAACUGGGAUAAAAAAAGGUAUGUAAACAUUGGACAAUUACAUACUUCACCUUUAAAGAAAUAUACAGUAUUUUAUGCCUCAAGUAUUUUCAUAAAAUCCAUUACAUGUCUGAUUCUUUUUAUGUAAUAUGUUUUGUUAGGAUAUGUUGUUUUUCAAUGGUAAAAUAAUUUUGAUUACCUUUGAUGCUGUCAGUGACACACAAAUUUGAAUUUGACAGUUUUCUUUAUUCUCCAGUUUACAAAGCACUGUGAUCCACAUGUGCUUUAUAAAAGUAGAGCAGAAUGUGAUGAAAAGAACUCCUUCACCGAAAACUGAUCGUAUCUCAAUUCUGUUCAGAUUCUUUAAGAGUUUUUUCACAUGGUACUUCAGAAAUCAAAGGCUUCUAAAAAAACUAAAUAAAAAAAACAAUCUUUGAAAUAACUCAUCCUUGGGUAUGAAAAAACUAUGGGGAUUAAAGGAGAAUAAAAGAACAUGCCAGGUCUGUAAGAAAGAUCUCUUCAUGUUAUAAAUGUCCUGCGCAGCUGUCUUUAUUUCUCAAACUUAUGAAAUGUCAUCCGUACUGAUUAUUUUUAUGAUUAAGUAAACAGAAAGCAUUAUAUUUUUUAAUUUUAGGGAUGAAAGAAUGUUAAAAUUUUGAUGUUAAAAUUUUGAAUAUUAAAAACUAAAUGAAGCAGAGAUACGUAGAUAUUUGCAUUUGUAAGGCAGAUAUGAAUGAAGAACAUUAAGUCAUUUAAAUUAAGAUUUUAGGUUUAAUUAUUUAUUUAUUUGGGACUGGUCAUGGAGAAGUACUAGUCAUCAUGAAUUGUCUGUUCUAAAUGAUACAUAAUCUCUGUCUCUUGUUAAGAUGUCUUGUUGAGCUGUUUCUACAUAAUUUAACUCAUCAUCAUGUCUUGUCUUUUGAUUAUAUUUCAAUUUGAGCUAAAUAUGAUGUUGGCUGACUGUACAGUCUCA